AUGGAGGCCUCGGAAAUAACAAAUUGUCAUCCUGAGACUGCUAUAGAAACAUUCAAGAUCAGUAUAAUUCAGGGAACCAAGUUCCAUACCUCCCUAGUUAAAUAUUCCCCUCCGAACAUGCAAACUCUCAAUGUUAGGGCACAAAUCUACAUUCGACUUGAGGAGAAUGUGGCUCACCAAGCGCAGCACGCCACCAUCGUCACGGUAGAAAAUAAGCCUCGGGAGAAAGCCUCGAGUUCAAAAAGUCAAAGAAGCCAACAUGCCUCAGCACCAGUUGCCCAGGUACCUGAGAAAAGGCAAAGGAUAGAAGAAAGGUUCACACCUUUCUGUACAACCCUAGCUCGGCUAUUCCAAGAAAAUAGGAUGAGGUUCAUAGCCCCUCAGCUAAUGAGGCAACCCUUGGAGCAAAGGGACAAAAACAAACACUGUGCUUACCAUAGGGACUACGGGCAUACAACCAAUGAUUGCAGAUCCUUUAGGCGGCAAGUAAAAAACAUGAUAACCAGAUGUGAGUUGGCAGACUACCUUACGCCAAAAGAACACGUGAAGCUUAGGGAGGUUAAUCCUUGGAAAGUAGAGGGAAACCAAGUAAAGGUUAUUCAUGUGAUAUAUGGGAGGUCAGAAGAUGACCAAGAGUCGGAAGAGGUGUACCGAUCCAGACUGAGGGCAACCCAUAAGCUAAGGAAGCUAUCCUCUAUAAACACUAUCGCUUCGAGCAGUAUUAGUAUUGGGUUCGGCGAUGGAGAUCUAUCUAGAGUUCAGCUUCCCCACGAGGGUCCACUAGUCAUCAGUUUUCUGCCCACCUCUAGUUCUUUGCUGGGGUUCGAUGACACAAAGGUGGACCUUAUUGGGGUUAUUGAUUUAUCUGUCACUGCGGCGAAAAAGACAUUGAAGGAAAACUUUGUUCUGAUAGAAAUCCAUCAUUCUUAUAAUCUCAUUGUGGGAAGAGGUUGGAUCCACCGAAUGCAUGGGGUCCUGUCUACCCUUCAUCAGGUGAUGCGAUAUUUGUCUCCGGACGGUAAAGAGGUUAUUGAUCUUUGGGGAGAUCAGGUCGCUGCCAAAGAAUGCUACAUACUGACAUUAAAUGAGCAAUUACAGAGCCCUCUGCCCAAGUAUUUGAAAGCAGAGGAGGAAGCCGAAGCUCCAAAGCCUACCGAGGAAUCUCUCGAAACCGUCGAAGUUGUCCUCGACAAUCCUCAUAAAAUCACUUAUAUGGGCUCUUCCCCCACACCUGAAGAGAAACAAGUGUUAAUUGAUGUCAUCCGACGGAAUGCAGAUGCGUUUGCCUGGGAUCAUUCGGACAUGCUUGGGAUUAGCCCUCCGAUCUCAUGCCAUAGCCUGAAGGUGGAUCCGGCAUUCAAGCCGGUUAAACAAAGACACAGAUAG